GAUCCGCGACCAGAGACGUUUGAAUGACAUCAGACUGAUGUGUAAUUGAUGUGGUGGAUAGUCUGUUAACGUGUUUCGAUUGGGAUUAAAUCGAAAACUUCUUGAAGAGAGUGUGGUGAGUUAAAAAGUUGGAUGUUAUUCGGAGAACAGUGAUAUAACAUUGUGGAUUUAAACCUCUGAAAUGUUACUCCUCCCCUGGAAAGUGUAGAAAGAGACAAGAGAGACAAACAUUGUAUGGAAAAGAGUCCGGCGGCAGCUGAGACGAUGACAGAAGUUGAAAUGAGCCACCUUGAGGAGUUUGUAAACACCGGACGUACAGGACGACGUAACGCCAUGGCAGACAUACAGGAUGAACAAAAUAAUUCCGUCUCCACGGCACCAAUCACAUUUGACAUGGACAAACUCAGUUGCCAUGAUUCUUCCGACAGUAAAACAAAACCCCCACAAAAGGAACCGCCUGGGGCCAGUGGGCAGGGUCAAGGGACAUAGCCAACUUUUGACCAAUCAGCACAGUCUCUAAGGGCAAGGUGUGGAAUGAAUGCUUGUAGAUGAUAAACUGGAAGAGACACGUGGCUCAACGCUCUGCCUUAGCAACAUGUUUGCUUGAAAUGAGAUAUAUGUAUAUGUGUAGAAUGAUAAUCUUGCUGUUCCACAGACUUCAGUGUGUGUUCAGGUUUUCAGACUGAGAAAUCGUCAGAGGAUUCAUCGUGUGCUGCUUAGCAACAGGAAAAUAGGUCAACGAAAAGUCUAGUCAUCAGUCCAUGGCUCCGUAACUUUUCAAGGGCGGUAACUCUGGAAAUACCGGAGGCUUGUGAAGAUUAAAAUAGUAAGAAUCAUAGUUAACUAAGUUGAAAAAAACAUAAAAACAUUGCUUAUAUAUAAAUAUUUUAAACUCAAAACAAAUAUUUUUUUAUAGAAACACUACAGAAAUAAAUUGGCCUUACACUGAUUCUUUCCUAGUUUUACAACCAAAUACAAUACUGCUUUCCCUAGCAAAAAAAAUCUUUAUUUUCCAAAAAUGAUGAAAACAUGAGGAAUAUCUUCCUAAUUUCAAUAAGAUUUAUGCUGUAUUUUUAUCCAAUUUAUGUAGAAACAGGCUGUUGUAAAAUUUAGGUAUAAAAAUCAAGGUCUUGAAUAUGCCUUUGUCAUUUUCAAAGAUCAUAAAAAUAAAUUUGUGUAAAAGUUAUUUUGGAAUGUUCCUGGCCAGAGCUUGAUGACGAUUGUUUCCUGUGCUUGUGAUGAAUGGAAUUAUGGGAUGUCAGAAGGGAUUUAAUUAUGGUCAACAGCCUUCAUUAACAGGAAAAAUAAGUGAAAGAAAGAUUGCUGUUUCGUCACACAAAGGCAAAGGUGGAAGUUAUUUAAAAUUCCGGAGGAAAUGUGCAUUGAUUUAACAAGGCUUUCACACAUGGAAUAUCGAGAUCUGUUGCUCUUUCUGAUUCGUCUUAAUGAAAUUGUAUUUAUGGAAUGAUUUGUUUAUAUUUCUAAGCUUUUAUACAUGACCUUUGACCCAUGUGUCACUCAUCAGCAUUUACAGAUACCAAAUUGUAUAGUUGUCAUCCAUGUGACGGCCAUUUGUCCAUAUCAUUCAUUCUCAUUUUUACAUAAUUCAUUUUUUUACUCAAACUUUGUUGGGUUGGAGCUUUGAAUGUUUAUUUUCAUAAGGAAGAAAUGUCCUGGAAUUUUCUCUGGAGGCCUAAAGCAGAAACAAAAUCUUUUAGUGUAAUAUAUUGUAUCUCAAAUUUAUAUGUCGUUUCCGAACUACACGUUUCCGGAACAAAAGUCAUGUGACUUGGUGGUCAUGUGGUACAGUAAGGCGUGCAUGUACACUUCCACUAUGAAGGUAGCUCAUAAGUAAGCCAAAUUUGUUAGAGUUCAAGAUUGGUAAAUUAAUUAUGAUGGAAAUGACCGAAAUUUCCCUUCCUUCAUUAAAGGGAUAUUUACUAACUAGAAGUUAAACGUCUGAUACGUAAGUGGAACUGCUUACCAGUGUUUUUGCGCAUUGUUUUAACUGCUGUCAAAUUAUUGCUGUUUACAGGAGUGCAUAAGCCCCCUAUCACAUGACAUGCAUAUCUAAAACCCGGUCGAAUCAGGAGAAAAAAGGCAUCUCGAAAAUGAUGUACUAUCUUAUUAUUUUUGUGGCCUUUCGCUAUGUUUUGCACACUUUCUUCCCAGCUUGAAGUUUCAGUACACAACCUUGUAUAUGGACUUCUUUCUGACUCUGGGCACAUGAACAAAAUUGGACUCUAGUCCAAAUUUUAAUGGUGUUUAAUUUUGGAAUUUCAUUUUUUUUUUUUAUAUGUACAUACUGAUAUAGAUGACCUAUAUAUCACCAAAUGUAGAGCAAGUUUUCAGAGAAAUAAUAUGUAUUAUCAAAAUUUUAAAAAAUUUGACUUAAAUCUAAGACUGUUUCAUGAUCUUGCUCAUCAAAUGUGUACUUUGCUGGUUUGAGUCACGGUACAGCACUGUGUUGUAUCUUUGAGCAAGAUACUUUAAAUGAUUGUUCCAUUCUACUGAGCUGUAAAUGAGUAUAUGGUUGGGCAGUGCUAGAAUUAUAGAAUGAUAGCAGUGAUCACCGAAAUGGCAGCAACGACUGCAUGCUCCCCUGAGGGAGUUGAGAAAGAUAUUGGCUGGUUGCAAAGGCCCUAUA